UUUUGACGUUCGUCCUCAGUGCAGGUCAACAGUGUCAUUUCAGAAAUGCAGCCUUAAAGAUUUAUCUGACAUUUGUAAACCCUGGAUCUUUUGGAUCUGUCCUGGAAAAAUAAUUCAAAAAGAAACAGCUGGACCACUAUGGCUGCCUUCCUGCACCACUGCCCCUUCCUGAAGACGAUGCCUAAACCAGCUUUAAGGAGAACCGUGCCUGCUUUACUGUCUCUGGCUGACCGAUGCCCUAUCAUUGUUCACCAAGUCUGUAUUAGCGGUCUACACAUUCUGGAAACCAAGCUGGAUGUCUCACCAACCCAACCCAAAAGACAGCGACUCUCCUUACUGGACCAAAAGAGACUGUUCGCUCAAACGGCCACUCAGGUGGCCGUGUCUGUAUCAAAGGGCUGCCCUUUCGUCAGCUCUCAGAUUGGGAUGGUCCGAGCCAGCCCUGAAGUCCAGGAAGAUGUCCAAGCAGAUCUGAAGAGUCCAGUCCUGCCAGCACCAACUCAAACUGGCAUUACCCAACUCCUUGAAGACAACAUGGUUGGCCCCAGCUUUGACUAUGACAACUUCUUCAACGGGAAGAUUGCAGAGAAAAAGAGGGAUCACACAUACCGAGUGUUUAAGACGGUAAACCGGAGCGCUGUGGUCUUCCCGUUUGCUGAAGAUUACUCCGUCUCUGACAGACAAGGCUCCCAGGUGUCCGUCUGGUGCAGCAAUGACUAUCUGGGGAUGAGCCGGCACCCACGGGUCCUGGAGGCCAUCAGAGAGGUCCUGGAGAGGCACGGUGCGGGAGCUGGUGGAACCAGGAACAUCUCGGGCACCAGCAGAUACCACGUGACUCUGGAGAAGGAGUUGGCUAAUCUCCACCAAAAAGAUGCAGCUCUGGUCUUCUCCUCGUGCUUUGUGGCUAAUGACUCCACCCUGUUCACCCUGGCUAAGAUGCUGCCCGGGUGUCAUAUCUACUCUGAUGCGGGAAACCACGCUUCAAUGAUUCAGGGCAUCAGGAACAGCGGAGCCAAACGCUUCAUCUUCCGCCACAAUGACAGCCGGCACCUGGAGGAGCUGCUGCAGCAAUCAGACCCCAAAACGCCCAAAAUUGUGGCGUUUGAGACCGUACACUCUAUGGAUGGUGCUAUCUGUCCUCUGGAGGAGCUGUGUGACGUCGCUCACCGACAUGGAGCUCUGACCUUUGUGGACGAAGUCCACGCUGUGGGACUGUACGGAGCCCACGGAGCCGGCGUGGGAGAAAGAGACAAUGUUAUGCACAAGAUUGACAUCGUCUCUGGGACCUUAGGAAAAGCUUUUGGCUGUGUGGGGGGCUACAUUGCCAGCAGCGCCGCCCUGGUGGACACAGUUCGCUCCUACGCAGCAGGCUUCAUCUUCACCACCUCUUUGCCUCCGAUGAUCCUGGCUGGAGCGCUGGAGUCCGUGAGGGUCCUGAAGAGUCCCGAGGGACAGCUGCUUCGCAGAGCCCACCAGAGGAAUGUCAAAUACAUGAGGCAGCUGCUGAUGGAUAAGGGCCUGCCGGUGCUCAACUGCCCCAGCCACAUCAUCCCCAUACGGGUGGGCAACGCUGAACUCAACACUAAAGUGUGCGACACGCUGCUGGAAAAACACAACAUUUACGUCCAGGCCAUCAAUUACCCCACAGUGCCGCGGGGCGAGGAGCUGCUGCGUCUGGCUCCGUCUCCUCAUCACCACCCUGCCAUGAUGGAGUACUUUGUGGACAAACUGGUGGAGGUGUGGCAGGAGGCAGGGCUCUUGCUGAAUGGACCAGCCACAGUCUCCUGCACCUUCUGCGAUCGCCCGCUGCACUUUGACCUGAUGAGCGAGUGGGAGAAAUCCUACUUCGGCAACAUGGAACCACAAUACAUUACUGUGUCUGCCUAAAGCCAAAG